GUUGCUUUCCUUUCUUCGCUUGACCAUCCACCAUCUACCGUAAAACCAUCUACUAAAAAACCAUUCACCAAAAACCUAUCCACCAAAACCCAUUAACCAAAAGCCCAUCUACCAAAAGACCAUCGACCUCCCACUCCCCAGCAUGCCUUCGUCGACUCCGAUGCCGCCUCUGCCCGACAUACGCCCGCGCUUUGCCCCGCAGCCCGGCCCUCCCCCGCAGCUGUGGAGUCCGCCUCCGGAUCCGGAGAAGCCGGCCUGCCCGUACCGGCCGGGCUUUGCCGUGGAAAUCAAGCGUCACAUUCCUCCGCCACCCUUUGGCGAUCCCCAUUACGGCCCGGGCACCUGGCGGGAACGGAGCGACGUCGACCUGUACAAGGUGACCCAGACUCGGGUGGUUGUGGAAUAUCCUCCUCUCGAGCACCCACACGCGUCGCCGUCGCCGCCCGCCCCUGCCGCCAAGCUUACCAUCCUCAGCGCCUUGGCUGUGGAAGACGGCCGGGGCCCGCAGCUGGUGGUUUGCUCUAUUACUCCGUAUACGAGCCCUAGCCCUGGCCAAGGUAGUCCGCCGGCCCCGUACGAGGCCGUCGCCAAAAUAUUCGAUCCGCUCUACUAUUCCUUCGAGAACCGGGAGGCUGCACAUGUGCCCGUCCCUGUCGCCUGGCAGGCCGAUGUCCACUAUACGCACGAAGCCGCUGCGCUCGACCACCUCGCCAAGAGGGCCCAGACCGGCGGUGGCGCCGGACUGCUUGCCCCCAAGUACUUUGGCUCGUGGACCUUCACCCUGCCCAUCACCCACGCGGGACGAAAAAGACAGCGGGCCGUCCGCCUGGUGCUCAUGGAGAACAUCAAAGGCCCCAGCAUCCGGGCCGUGUGCCUGGCCCCGUCGGCGCUCGCCUCCUACACCGAGCAGGACCGCCUUGCCAUCUUCGCCGCCGUGCUGGACGGGGUUGCGCGGCAGCGGCACGCGGGCGUCAACCAGCGGGAUUUGGCCGCACGCAACGUUAUACUACGGACCGGCUCCCUGUCGCCGACGGCGCGCAACCCCAAACAGCCCCUACCGCAGCCCGUCAUCGUCGACUACAACACCGCCGUGGUCUUCGAGCUCUCUCGCCAUGGAAAGCACCCGUCCCAGCUCUCCGCGCUGCCCCAGAACCCCAUGGAACUCUUCUGGCACACGAGCUUCCCCGACUUCCUGGACUGGACGCCGGCGGCGUGGAAUGGUAAUGCCAAGGCUCGCCAGCAGUGGUUGAAGGCGCGCUUUGGGGGGGAGGCCGCGUCGCAAUAUGCGCCGGUGAGCGGCGAGCUCGAGUUUUCAGAAUAUUAGGCAGGUUGGCGAGUGUCAAAGUGCGGACCCCCCGGGGGGGGUCUGCUUGAGCAUUGUUUAGUUGAUUAUUAUUACGUGGAGUUACGGAAUACGAAGCUGGUCUUUCCAUUCCAGAACAAGAAAUGAUGCGUGAACCACCGACCAGAUGUGUGUGUGUUUGUGUAGUAAAUUCCGAUGCUAGUGUUUA